AUGCGCGCUAUCGAGAAGGCCGAAACAUCCUCCCUUCCGCUUCACGCCGUGGCCGUCAGGCGCGGAGAUUUGGCAUUACUUGGUACAACUGACGAGAAAAAGCUGAACGAGGUUAUACUUACCGAAUCGAUCUGUGCGACUCUCUUCAUUGCGCUCCAUCGUUGUACGAUACGCCCGAAACACCAAGGUACACCGCGCUUCCCGAGACGUACUGAAGAAAACGGCGUCGUUUUGUAUAGCGGCUACUAUACCGAUAACUGGGUGCGAAUCUUCCAGACAUUCGCCUACUUUAACACUCGCCGAUAUGGCAAUAUCGCGUUAGGCUCAACGCGUGCUACUGCCACCGAGGAAGAUAUUCCAGGGCCGUAUGUCUUCUCUACUAAUGAGGAGACCUCUUUGGCGAGGCAGGAGGGUGAACUCCCACAUAAUGCUCAGUCCAAAUUUCAACCUUACUAG